AGUUCGAGUCGGGCUGAACUAGCAUUUCAGGUAGCCACUUUUAGCUUGAACUGGCAUGGACAAAACACGGAGUCGCCGGAGCUGAGCCGACACUCGCUAGGGCGGGCAAAGACGUCUAGAAGAUAUAAUGGAGGGGAACGGGAUGGACCUAACAUUAUUAGAAUUGUGAGAGUUAAUCGCUCCCCGGACAUAAUGGGUGAGCUCGUGAGUCGCAACAGCGACGCGUCGCCCACGAUGACCAAGAACAAGAUGAACGUCUAUGGUACAAUUACAGACUCGGAUAACCACCCGCUCCUAGGAGGCGAAUGCGGGAAACGUUUAAUGCCCCAUAUUAUCGAUGCAACGGCCAUCGCGACGCCAGACGUCGCAUGCUUCUUCGUGCCCCGGACCUACGGCAACCCUCGCGACAGCUGGAAGCCUGUGAGCUGGGCGCAGGUCGCAAACGCCGUCAACUAUGUGGCUCAUAUGCUGAUCGAGCAGGCUGGGACGCCAACGCCUGGUACUUUCCCUACGAUUGCGUAUAUUGGGCUCGAAGACCCACGCUAUGUGGUCUUUGCCAUGGGCGCCAUCAAGGCCGGGUACAAGGCUCUGUUCAUCUCGCCGCGAAACUCCGUCGACGCACAAGUGAACCUAUUCAACAAGACUGACUGCAAUCUACUAUACCAUGACCAGACGCUGGCCUCGAUGGUGAAGCCGUGGGUCGCUGGACGGUCCGGGAUGAAGAGCAUCGCAAUCCCUCCGUGGGAAGAGUGGGUGACCACGUCGGUCGCCCCAUUCCCGUAUACAAAGACUUUCGCUGAGGCCGAAUGGGAUCCGUUUGUGGUUCUUCAUACCAGUGGUAGCACGGGUCUACCCAAGCCAGUUAUUAUCCCCCAGGGCUCGUUCGCCCUGAACGACCUGCAUCGCUAUGUUCCCAAGUACAAGGGCAGCCUACCCUGGUUGCCAACAUUUGGGAAUUUCGAGAAUCCGCGAUACCUCUGCACCUGUCCUCUGUUCCAUACCGCAGGAAUUGCGCCCACGGUUUUGUCGGGAUUUUACUAUAACACUCCGGUCAUCUUCCGCGAUCCCUCGGUUCCGCUCACGGGGGAUAACGUGGUGGAGUGGUUGCAGAACUCCGGCGCAACCUAUACGGUCCUGCCGCCGGCGAUCCUGGAGCAGAUGUCAAGGUCACAAGUAGCGCUUGAUGAGAUGAAGAAGUUGCAAGUUGUGGCAUUCGGAGGAGGCCCAAUCGCGCCCGCUGCAGCGGCCUCGCUACUCAAAAACAAUAUCAAUCUACUCAACGCCAUCGGGGCCACCGAGUUCAUUUACAUGCCGUACUGGACACAGCCAGACUCGUCUCUCUGGGAAUGGUUUAUCGUCCCAACAGAAAUGUUGGGUAUCGAGUGGCGGCCCUUUGGCGAGGACACAUACGAACAAGUCUUCAUUCGGCAGAACAAGGAGCAUCCCGGUGUGCAGGGGUGCUUUUACGUCUUCCCUGAGCUGGACGAGUACAGCACGAAUGACCUCUACCGCCCGCAUCCGACAUUACCAGACCACUGGACCUACGUGGGUCGCGCUGACGACAUUAUAGUCUUCUCCACCGGCGAGAAACUCAACCCAACGACUAUCGAAGGAGCGGUGAUCGGACACCCCGGGGUUCUAGGCGCGCAAGUUGUUGGUUCGGGACAUUUCCAUGCUGCGCUGUUGAUUGAGCCUGCCCAACAUCCUGCAAAUGAGCAGGAGAAGCAGCAGUUCCUCGACGAUGUUUGGCCGGUUAUCGAGAAGGUCAAUGAGGAGACUGUCGCGCAUGGUCGCAUCUUGCGUGACUAUGUCUUUUUGUCUGACCCAGCGCGACCGUUCCCGCGGGCCGGCAAGGGAACAGUCCAGCGCGCCAUGGCUGUUAAGCUCUACGCAGAAGACAUUCGCCGCAUCUUUGAAUCUAGCUCUGAUACCAACGGCGUCCCAGCCGCAGGCGUGGAGCUUGAUUUUAGCUCAGAGACAGCCCUCGCGGAUGGGAUCCGGGAUUUGAUGCAACGGACGCUGAAGUUGCCUGGACUCGGUAUUGAUGAUGAUUUCUUCACUGCAGGUGUCGACUCGCUGCAGGUUCUCCAACUGGCACGGGUGUUGACCGCUAGUGUCAAGCAGACCGUUGAGGCGAGGAGUAUCUAUAGUCACCCAACCAUCGCCAAGCUCAGUUCCUUCAUCAAUUCUCUAGCCGGAUCUAGUUCGAAUGGGACUGCAGUCAUCAGCAACGAGGCCGACACUCUGGCCCUCUGCUCGGCCCUGGUCGAGAAAUAUACGCAGAAUCUACCUUCCUCAACACCCAUCAAACCCCUUCCCUCUACCACAAACCAGACCAUUAUCAUCACUGGCACAACCGGAGCCCUGGGCUGCUACCUCCUUGACCUCGCCCUCGCAAACCAGGACAUCACAAAGAUCUACUGCUUCAACCGCACCUCCGACGCACGCGAGCGCCAAAUCGCUGCAAGCAGCGCCCGUGGCCUCUCCGCCGACUUCCCACCAUCCCGCGUCGAAUUCUUAACCGUGGACCUCUCCUCAUCAGCUACAUUCAACCUGCCGGAAGAUAUCACAAAUUCUCUCGCGAGCACGGUCGACCGCAUCAUCCACAACGCCUGGCCCGUGGACUUCAAUAAAUCCAUUGCGUCCUUCGAACCACACCUGCGUGGUGUCCGGCAUCUGAUCGACUUCGCCGCUGCCGCCGCCAAACGUAUCUCCAUUACAUUUGUUUCGUCCGUUAGCACGGUCGAGCGAUGGCCGGAGUCUGGCCUUAUCCCCGAAGACUCCCUCUCAGACUUCAACCACACCUCUCAGAUGGGCUACGGCCAGUCAAAGCUUGCCGCAAGCCUGAUACUCGAUGCCGCAGCGACAGUAUCGGGAGUGCCAAGGAAUGUCGUCCGCGUAGGCCAGGUCGCCGGCCCCCGGGCCGAACAGGGCCAAUGGAACCCGCGCGAGUGGCUCCCGACUCUUAUUCGAAGCUCAGUAUUCCUAGGUCUUUUGCCCAGCGACCUUGGAUUGCUGGGUAACCUGGGAUGGGCGCCCGUUGAGGACAUUGCGGGUGUUAUUCUGGAGGUUUCUGGCCAAGAUGGCAACAGCGGGUACUUCCACGCGGUGAACCCGAAUCUUCCAGACUGGAAGGGGGUCAUUCUGCCUGCGGUUAAAGAUUUCUAUGGAAGCCGGAUUGAGCGUGUUGUGAGCUUGGAGGAGUGGGUGGACGCGUUAGAGAAGAGCGCAGUUGGCGAGGUCAAUCUGGAGAAGAAUCCAGCCGUGAAGCUUCUGGAUACGUAUCGUCUUGCGUCUACCAAGACGACAGACGGUGAGGCUGCUAGUGCAGGCUUUGCGACGGAAAUUACGGAGCAGGCGAGCGAGACAAUGCGGCAGAUGGAGCCGGUGACGGCAGAUUUGAUGAAGCGGUGGUGUAAGCAGUGGCAGUUCUAGAUGUUAUCUUUAUGAUGAUCCCUCGCUCGGUAUCACGGGGUCGAAUUGAUCCAAUGAUCGAAUAAUGAAUAUAAAUCUGUACAGCUUUUCGCAUU